CCAACUGUCGGUCCAUAUGUUGCCGAGCCCAAAUCGCCUAUCUGACCAACCACUGUUUGGCUACGUUCCAGUUUGCAUUAAAGUUCGACAUCCUUGGCGCGGUUAAAUCAUUCCGCGCGCGGAACUGUCAAUAGUAGCCUGGUCAUUCUCCCACGUUUCCGCUUCAGCCGCACAACAUCAUCAAGCUUCCAAGAUCUUGGCUGAACGUCCUGUCCAACCAGAACGAUGCAUCUGUCGAUGCUGGGCGCAAGGCAAUCGGGCAGAACUUGAAGCCGCAAUGGCCGACAUGAUGCUGAUCGCUACGUAUGAUGUUUCGCACACAGUAUAUGAAGGCCCGAGGGUUGCCCUCUGAUAGACUGACUGACAGUUGCUGUUGGCCUGCGACCUCACAUAACAAGCACUAUCUUGGACUUUGAAAAAUGGACUCUGCUUUCGCUGCCAUGACGGGCCCUCAGGGCCCAGCCGUCACAUUUGCACCUCUCCUGAACAAUGUCGUCCACUUGGCGGCGGCUGACUUGGACGCUUGUAAUACCGCGGCCGAUCAUGUUCUUGACUGUGCCGAUAGCUUGGGUGGCCUCACCAAUGUCUUGAACGCCCCGGAAGAAGACCUGAUUGCUUGUGUCUGCUGCUCUUCUGGGACACUCCUCGCGGACGGUUACUCGAGCUGCUAUGAUUACUUGACUGGGGCGCCAGGUUACGAAGCCACAGACUACGAGCCAUACGGAGUCUUCUACACCGUCUGCAACGCCCAAAGUUCAUGUGGCGCUUCCAGUUUAACAGCAGACACCACCGAGGAAGACGCCUCUAUGGUAACAAGGCCUGGCUACGAUGAAGGGCCCGUCACCGCCACUGCUAUCAUCGAUGUGACAACCAUCGCCUCUGAGGAUUACUUACCGACGACCACCGAGCCGUCUGAAUGUUGGGACAUGAUCUCCACGUUUGACUCGUGUGAAGCGGAAACAGCCGGCUUCGCUACCAUGCCGUAUGCCGUGCAAGCAUCCUGCUACUGCUGCGGUGGCUCCGGACAAUGGACCGACGAGAUCGACUCGUCUGCGUCUGUAUGUGCCAAGUGGGCAAGCACUGGUGAACCUUACACCGUCUAUCCUGUCGCAACACGCUUCGCCACCUUCUGCGAGGACUAUGAUGACGUGUGCGAGUCUAAAGAGACUGGAACGGCUACUGUCACCGAUGCAGAGAAGGACAAUGAGCCAACUGAGACGGACGCUCAGGAUGCGGAAGAGACUACUGAUAACCCUGAUGCCGCUGCGUCGGUUAGAGUAGGGUACGGCGCUGCGGCGGUGGCUGCGCUCGCGCUCGGGAUGGUUAUCUGAUUAAUGAAUCAAUGAUAGUUGUCCUGAGACGUGUUGAACAU